AAGACAUCACUGUCCCUCCUCAAGGUGAAAUACGAAGCCUGAAGUCUGGGAUACAAACACCCAGUUCUUCUUGCCUGUUGAUCGCAAUGGCAGCCUCAAUUACCCGGCUGGCCGGCCGCAAUGCCAAACGACUCUGCUUGCGUCCCGGAUUUUCGAAAGCCUCCACCUCACGAGCUUCAAUUCGAGCUUUCUCUGCUCUCCCCUCUCAAAGAUACGCAGAGCCGUACGAGGGAACGAGGUUAAUUCCUACCGACAAGCACUUCGCACACCCCUCGAACUCCGGCGACCCCCAAUAUAUGAACCUUAAUCCCGAUUCGAAUUUAGAUGGAGAAGCAGUCGAGAACAGGAAGAUCCGUCACUAUACGGUCAAUUUCGGCCCUCAACACCCUGCAGCUCACGGAGUAUUGCGGUUGAUAUUGGAGCUGAAUGGAGAAGAGAUUGUUCGAUCAGAUCCUCAUGUGGGGCUGUUACAUCGUGGGACUGAAAAGUUGAUUGAAUACAAGACAUACCUGCAGGCCCUGCCAUACUUCGAUCGGUUGGAUUACGUCUCUAUGAUGACAAAUGAGCAAUGUUUCUCAUUGGCGGUCGAGAAGCUAUUGAAUAUUGAGAUUCCCGAGCGGGCGAAGUGGAUCAGAACGUUGUUUGGAGAGAUUACCAGAAUCUUGAAUCAUCUCAUGUCCAUUCUAUCUCACGCAAUGGAUGUUGGUGCACUUACUCCUUUCUUAUGGGGCUUUGAGGAACGUGAGAAGCUUAUGGAAUUCUAUGAAAGAGUUUCAGGAGCUCGCCUCCACGCAGCAUAUGUUCGCCCAGGCGGUGUCCACCAAGAUAUUCCCGUCGGUCUGCUUGAUGACAUCUACCAGUGGGCCACCCAGUUUGGAGAUCGUAUCGAUGAAACCGAGGAACUGCUCACUGACAACCGCAUUUGGAUUGGACGAACAAAGGGAAUUGGCGUUGUGUCUGCAGCCGAUGCCCUGAACUAUUCAUUCACGGGUGUCAUGCUUCGAGGUUCAGGUGUGCCAUGGGACGUGAGGAAGAGCCAGCCUUAUGAUGCAUACGGCGAAGUUGAAUUUGACGUUCCUGUCGGCGUGAAUGGUGAUUGUUAUGACCGGUAUUUGUGUCGAAUGGAGGAAUUUCGUCAAUCGCUCCGGAUUAUCCACCAAUGCCUCAAUAAGAUGCCUGCCGGACCCAUCCGAGUAGAGGACUACAAGAUCUCCCCACCUCCCCGUGCGGCGAUGAAGGAGAAUAUGGAGGCCUUGAUCCACCACUUCUUGUUAUUCACCAAAGGAUAUACUGUGCCACCUGGAGAGACAUAUUCAGCAAUUGAAGCACCUAAGGGGGAGAUGGGUGUUUACGUCGUGAGUGAUGGAAGUGAGAGACCAUACCGAUGCAAGAUUAGAGCACCUGGCUUCGCCCAUCUAGGUGGGUUCGAUCAGAUUUCGAGGGGUCAUUUACUGGCGGAUGCAGUGGCGAUUAUCGGGACGAUGGAUUUGGUGUUUGGAGAAGUCGAUCGAUAAAAGCAAAGAGAUGAGCGGAGUUGUCAUUUGUUGUUGUAUAUUGAUUAAGAAACUUCCUUUGUUUGUACAAGUCUACGUCAUUGCUGAGUUAGCAAUGCCAGCACAAACUUUCGAAAAUCACCCCGAGAUGUGAACUUACUGGAUUGCCCCUGUCCAUGUGUCAUAACUGGGCCAUGUCACUGCUGACAAUGGCAGGCUGCUGAAGGUCUGGAGCAAUAGCUACAGCAUCGGCCACGGUAACGGGCUGUGUGAAGUUAAGUGCAGGGGAAGCAGGGUGGUUGAUCUCCUCCGGAGGUUCGGACUUUGAUCUUUGCCAGGUGCGAGGCAUCUUGUCGGGAAUGCUCGUGGGAGAUGAAUAGAGAUCGGGCAUUGUUGGCAUAUUAGCUUCAUGCUGCUGCGGAUACCACUUCAUACCAGCGCCUGGUUGACCAAUUUCCAUUUGACCCUCCCACAAGUGCUCUCGGGGGACAACUCCA